AUUAAGACGUCAAAUGUGGGAUACUUUUCAAGAGAAGACUCCAAUUGACGAAACUCUCAUCAAACUACAACUUCUUCAACUUUUUUUAACCGCUGCAUAAGUAACACCAUCAUCAAAAAACCAACUAACCCCCGCAAAAACCCAUCUACCCAUCUCUUUCUUCUUCAAUUAAUCACUCAAAUACUGCUACUUACUCUGCUUCUUCUCGUUGAAAAUGCCUGAAAACAUUACAUCUGAGAAUCUUCUCAACAAUAUAAUGGAAACAUUAGCUGAAGGUGUUCAUAAACAGAAGUCUGGUUCCUUCUUCGAGGAGGAAAUAUCCAAUCCUGUUGUUUGUAAGCUGAAUCGUCUUUUUGGACGUCAGGAACCUGUGCAUAAAGUUUUGGGAGGUGGAAAAUCUGCUGAUGUCUUGCUAUGGAGAAACAAGAAAAUCUCUGCUGGUGUUAUAGGUGGUGCUACUGCUCUCUGGUUUAUCUUUGAAUGGCUGAAUUACAAUUUUCUUCCCCUUGUCUGUUUUGGUAUGGCUCUGGGAAUGCUUGGUCAGUUUCUUUGGUCAAAGGCCUCUGGUUUCACGAACAGGUCAUCAUCAGAAAUCCCAAAGAUUCAAGUGCCGGAGGAGUGGUUUGUUAAUAUCGCAGUGACAGUUGGUAGAGAAGUCAACCGGACAUUAAGAUUUCUGCAAAAAAUUGCUUGUGGGGGAAACUUAAAGGAAUUUGUUCUGGUUGUAUCAGGCUUGGUGGUGUCUGCUAUGAUAGGGACUUGGUGCAAUUUCCUAACAGUUAUCUACAUUGGUUUUGUUGCUGCACACACACUACCAGUUCUGUAUGAAAAAUACGAAGAUGAAGUUGAUGGCUUUGUAGAGAAUCUCCUCGGCAGCAUGACACACCAUUAUAAGAAGAUUGAUGCUCGUGUUCUCAGUAAGAUGCCUACCAGAAAAUACUGGGGAAAGAAACAUGAGUAAAAGAGAGCUAUAGAGAGUAUCAAUUUCAAGGCCUGCAUCGAAUUUUAGUAAUUGGCUGUUGGCCGGACUUCUGCUGUCAUUUACUUCUGUACAUGGAAAUUCAUGCUAGAUAAACAUUAGUCUUUACCUGGAACUCAAGGGUUUGGCUUAUAUUUUAUGUGUAAAAAGAUAUCUUUUAGGUGUUUACAUUAUAUGGUAUUCAAAUCUUUAAUGUUGUCACUUAUAAAAGUCAAUUCAGAAGCAUAUAUAUUCCUAAUUCCGACCA